GGGCCCGGGUUGGGAGGGCGGCCGCGGCCGCCCCGCGGGGUCCGGGGUGCGCUGUCCGGGCCGGCGGGAGCGCCGAGAGCAGAGCGUGCGCGCGGUGGUCGGCGCGGCAGUCGGUGACGCCCACCCUGGUGGCGGGAACGACCCCCCUUUCCAGCUCUCUGCUGGAUUCCAAGGAGCCAGGCGCGCCAGGCUUUCUAGGCUGUCUCGGAGGCCUCAGACCCUGGCCGCUGGGUCCAGUGAUCUUUUGACUGUCACACAUGGACUUCGAAAAAUCUCCAAAGGAAACUGUCCUCAUUACAGGAGGAGGUGGCUAUUUUGGUUUCCGGUCAGUGCAUCGAUCACACAUGUCCAUGGAAUUAUUUUACUGCCUAGGCUGUGCUCUGAACCAGAAAGGAUUCCAUGUGAUUCUGUUCGACAUCAGCAGCCCUGCUCAUUCUAUUCCAGAAGGAAUCAAGUUUAUCCAUGGAGACAUUCGCCACCUCUCUGACGUGGAGAGCGCCUUCCAGGAUGCGGAUGUCACGUGUGUGUUCCAUAUUGCCUCUUAUGGCAUGUCGGGGCGGGAGCAGCUGAAUUGGAGCCUGAUUGAAGAAGUCAAUGUGGGGGGCACAGACAACAUCCUCCAGGUUUGCAGGAGGAGAGGGGUGCCAAGAUUUGUUUACACCAGCACUUUCAAUGUCAUCUUUGGAGGUCAAGUUAUCAGAAAUGGAGAUGAAUCUCUGCCUUACCUACCUCUUCACCUCCAUCCUGAUCACUACUCUCGGACCAAAUCUAUUGCAGAGAAGAAGGUGCUGGAGGCCAAUGGUAGCAGCCUGGUAAGAAGUGAUGGUGUCUUAAGAAGCUGUGCUCUGCGGCCGGCUGGUAUCUAUGGGCCUGGAGAGCAAAGGCACCUUCCCAGGAUAGUGAGGUACAUUGAGAGGGGUCUGUUCAAGUUUGUGUACGGAGAUCCUAGGAACCUGGUUGAAUUUAUCCAUGUGGAUAACUUGGUACAGGCUCACAUUCUGGCCUCAGAGGCUCUGAGAGCUGCCAAGGGCCACAUUGCCUCUGGGCAGCCCUACUUCAUUUCAGAUGGCAGGCCCGUGAACAACUUUGAGUUCUUCCGGCCUUUGGUUGAGGGCCUAGGCUACACGUUCCCAUCUGUCCGCCUGCCGUUGACCCUCGUCUACUGCUUUGCUUUCCUAACAGAAAUGGUUCACUUCAUUUUAGGUCGACUCUACAACUUCCAGCCCUUCCUCACCCGCACAGAAGUUUACAAAACUGGCGUCACACAUUACUUUAGCCUAGAGAAGGCCCAGAAGGAGCUCGGUUAUGAGCCUCAGCCAUUUGACCUCCAGGAAGUAGUAGAAUGGUUUAAAGCCCAUGGUCAUGGCAGAAGUCCUGGGAAUCGUGACUCUGAGUGUCUUGUUUGGGAUGGGCUGAUGGUCUUACUCCUGGCUAUAGCAGUUCUCACGUGGCUGCCUACUUUUGUGGUUCUGUCACUAUGAGGGAACUAGAAAUAAGGACCUGAACACACUUGCUGGGAUGGUUUUCAAGAACUAUGGGUUUAGGGCGCCUGGGUGGCUCAGUUGGUUGAGCGACUGCCUUCGGCUCAGGUCAUGAUCCUGGAGUCCCUGGAUCGAGUCCCGCAUCUCCCUCUGACCCUCCCCCCUCUCAUGUGCUCUCUCUCUCUCUCAUUCUCUCUGUCUCAAAUAAAUAAAUAAAAUCUUUAAAAAAAAAAACAAAAAAACUAUGGGUUUAAAAUGUCUAUCUAGAUCUAAAUAUAUCUAUAUCUAUAUAGAUAUCUAGAUAGAUAGAAAUAGAUUUCUGGUAGCAAAUUUUGGCUCUUCAAAUUGCUACUUAAGAAUAGAUUCUUGGAUCAAGUCUUCAUUUCUUACCUUCUUGCACUAAUGCUGAUAGGAGAAAAAAAGAAGCAAACACAAAGUUGAAAUGUAAUUUCUUGUAUCCUUCUCCUUUGGAUGGGUAUGAUAGAAAUCAUAUUGGAGCCAUGGAGCCAGACUGAGGAAGAUUGGAAAUGUCUUGAAUUUCUCUGAGCCAAAAAUGUACUUAUUUCUGUUCCCUACACUCUGCAUCCACUGAAAAUAGACUAAAAUGUGCACUGAUAUGGGAACGGCAGAACACUAACAGGCUUGAAAAUGUGUGAAAAACCCCAAAAUGGGUCAGAUCCCUACAGACCAACCCUCUGAGGAGAUGGUAGCUGUUGAGAGGCAUUAGCUCUUCAUUCCUGUAGGAUUUAGGAAUUAGUUCUUGCCCUUUGUGAUAUAAGGCAUGACCCAUGUGUGACCGCGUGGCAAUGUUUGAGUUUUAAACAAACAGAACUUUGUCUUACCUCAUAGGAUUCUUCUGAGGAUUAAAUUAGACAAGACAUGUAAAGGGCCACUCAACACACACACAAGCCCUUGUUUUUAUUCAUAUCGUUGCUAUAUAUUCCUUAUGAGGGUUUUCUUCCUCAGGGGAAUUCUGUUCAGAGGGUGCUGUUGUCACUAACCUUUCUGGAACGUCUUUGUGAUAAGCCCUCAGUCUGUAACGAGCAUGUUUGAAUAUACUCAGUGUUUGUAAAGUUUUGGUCUCUGAGCUUAGAUUGAAGUUUAGGAAACAGCCACACAUCUGACUAAGGAAGAUGAUCAAGCUGAUGAUGCCAUUUGUAAUUUAAAAAUGAAACAUAACUCUCAACCAGUAGACUGGUUUUCUUCUGGGAAGAAAUUGGGUUCUCAGAAGGCAACUUCCAGUGAAGGAUGUUUUGAACAAUGGUGGUAUUGUCCAGCCACCCUUGAGGACUGCCGUGGAAGGCAUUCAAGAUGUCCUGUUGCACAGGAACCAAAGUGAAAAGAAGACAGAGAAUCUUUACCCGUUCCAUGAUUCCAGCUUCAGAAAAGACCAUAUUCAAGCACAAGGCAGAGAGAUUGCUGCAGAAGGUUACGUUAGAAUUGUGUUGAGAUUAUUGGCAGAAAGAGGAAGCUAGAUGAAUACUCCCUGGUAAAUGCUACCUGGGUAUUUUGGAAAAAAUGCUCAACCUGAUACCAGAAGACCUGCAACCAUGAAGAUAUUGUGUGGCUUUAAUCCAGUAACUGAAGCCUCUUACUUUCCUCACUUGGGAAAUAGGAAUGACUUGUAUUUGCCUUUUCUACAGACCCACCACCCACCUCACAGGGUUUCUUGUGAGCACAAAAUAAGAUGUUGUGAAAGUACUUUUAAUAUAUAUAUUACCACAUAAAUACGAGGUAGUGGUAGUGUUCAUUUUUGGUAAAAUGUUUUUAGAGUCUUUUCUACCUUAAGUUUUUUUUUUUUUGUUGGGUGGCGGGGGGGACAGAGGGAGAGAGGUAAUCCCAAGCAGGCUCCAUGCCCAGCACGGAGCCUGAUGUGGGGCUCGAUCUCACUACUCUGAGAUCAUGACUUGAGCUGAAAUCGAGAGUUGGAUGCUUAACUACUGAGCCGCCCAGGCGCCCCUAUCUUAAGCUUUUGCUUUAGUCUGGAGUUACCUUGUAUGAGCACCUAUGGCAUACCCAACAGUACAGCUAUAGGGCAGGUUCCUCUGCCCUCUGCCGCCUUACAGCCCACUAAUGGCAUGGCGUGUCCACACGAGGUCACUGAUGGAGCGGGUACGUUCAGUAAAACAUUUGUCCGCUGUUACUGAGAGGCGUUGCAGACUUUCAAAACAUGUUUUUAUUGAAGUCCUUCAAAAGAAUGAUAGAUACUUCUUAGUUUUCUUACACCAAGUAUACUGAGUAUAGUGGGGUUUUGAUUGGUUUUGUUGUUUUCCACAAUCAAGAGAGCCCCAUGAAAUUCAGGACGGAUAUAUGGGGUCUCUUGUCAUCCAGGUGUGAGGCAUUUGGCUACGCCAUAACAUUUGACACUCUUGUCCACUCUUUCCUUGAAACAGUUCAUUCACUGUUCGUGAACUCAUUCUUGGUCUUUCUCCUUGUAUUAAUGACCUAUUGUAUUACCUCAAGAUCUACUACAAAUUACCCUAAGACAUACCAUCUUAACAAAUCACUCCUAGACAUAUGAUCGUAGAACAACAAACAUUACGUCCUGGUUUUUAUGGGUCAGGCAUUUGGGUGCAGCUGAACUGGGUUGGUCUUGCCUAGGGUCCCUCAUGAGGGUCAUCUCAUGAUAUCUGGUACUGCGGUCAUCUGGAAGCCUGACUGAAGCCGGAGGAUCCACCUCCAGGAUGGCUGAUCCACAUGACUGUUGGCAGGAGGCUCAGUUCCUCACCAUGUAGGCAUCUCCAUUGGACUGCUUGAAUGUUUUCAUGACAUGGUAGCUGGUUUCCCCCAGAGCAGGUGAUCUAAGAGAGCAUGGUGGAAGGUACAAUGUCUUUCAUGACGUAUCCUCAAAGGUCACACACUGUCACUCCAUAAUAUACUGUUUACACAGGUCAGUCCUAUUCAGUGUGGGAAGGAAGUACCCAAAGGUUUGAAUACCAGAAGGUGGGGAAUGUUGGGGGCCAUCUUGGAGGCUGGGCUCUUGGUUCCAUCCUCUGAGUCUCCUUUUCCAUUAAAGGUAGCCCAUAUUUACAGCUACAUCGUUUUCUCAGCCUGCUACCACCCAGUAGAAUUUGGGAGGUCUAAAGACCUCUUUACACUUUGUAGUGUAUCUCUUUUCAGCCCAAGCUGGUGGUGCUACUGCAAAUAAAAUUUUUCUGAACAC